AUGUCUAGGUAUAGCGCCGAGUACCACCAAGACGAGUUGUUGGACUCGAUCAAGCAGAACGGAAGUUCACGACUAGCGUCUGCCGGGUGUGCAUACGCAGAGGAAUGGCAAGACCUGCAGUUCGUCGAGGCUGGAGCAUCCGAUAAGAGAGUAUGCAUGAUUGCUGGCGGGAAGUCGGAUGAUGUAGACGGCGUACAUGAAGCUGCAAAGCUGCUCAAAUCUCAAAGCAACGGUGGUGAGGGUUCCAAUACCUGCGCCUACCACGUUCGUGAGGCCAUCCUCUCUUGGAAUUUACAGUUCCCACCUCUCUUCGCCAAGGCCAUCCAAUGCUGGAUAGAGCGUCUACCUAUGCCAGAUAAGCUUGAAGAUAUGCCUAUAUAA